UGUGGUGGGAGGCAGGGGAAGGGGCUUAUGACUUAAAACUGGAGAUUUCCUUGAAAAUUGAACACCUCUCUGUUUUUGUACCUAGCCUGGCUCUCUGAGGUGUGCUGGACUUUUCCUAUUUUUUACUUUUCCUGGAGGUUAUGAGUGUGGGAUGCAUGGAUUUCUUUUGCAAAAGCAGCAGGAAAUGGAACAGGUGUAAAAUGUCUGUGCCAGGCUCCUUGGAUAGCUGGAAAGCAAUCUCCAGGUCAGGCCUCCAGCACUUGGCCCCUGUGCACUCCCUCAACAUUGCAGUCUCCAAUGGACCUGUAAAGGAACCAAGGGCGGCCUUAGAGUGGACUGAAAAUGCUGUGAACGGAGAACAUCUUUGGCUGGAGACAAAUGUUUCUGGGGACCUCUGUUACCUGGGGGAGGAAAGCUGCCAAGUCAAAUUCUCAAAAUCUGCUCUGCGGAGGAAGUGCGCUGCCUGCAAGAUUGUGGUCCACAACGCGUGCAUGGAGCAGCUAGAGAAGAUUAAUUUUCGCUGCAAACCAACUUUCCGAGAAGGAGGCUCCAGAUCUCCAAGAGAAAACUUUGUCCGACACCACUGGGUGCACAGGCGGAGGCAGGAGGGAAAAUGUAAGCAGUGUGGAAAGGGCUUUCAGCAGAAAUUCUCCUUCCAUAGUAAAGAGAUUGUGGCAAUCAGUUGCUCCUGGUGCAAGCUGGCGUUUCAUAAUAAAGUCACCUGCUUCAUGCUACAUCACAUUGAGGAGCCAUGUUCCUUGGGGGCCCACGCUGCUGUCAUUGUGCCUCCCACCUGGAUCAUUAAGGUGAAGAAACCUCAGAACUCAUUAAAGACUUCAACACGGCGAAAGAAGAGAACGUCUUUUAAAAGAAAAGCCAGCAAAAGAGGCAAUGAAGAUAACAAAGGUCGACCAUUUGUGAUAAAGCCUAUCUCCUCUCCACUCAUGAAGCCACUACUGGUUUUUGUCAAUCCAAAAAGUGGAGGGAAUCAGGGCACCAAGGUUCUCCAAAUGUUUAUGUGGUAUUUGAAUCCACGCCAGGUCUUUGAUCUCUCUCAGGAAGGGCCAAGAGAUGCGCUGGAGCUGUACAGAAAAGUGCCAAACCUGCGGAUCCUGGCCUGCGGCGGGGAUGGGACGGUGGGCUGGAUCCUCUCCAUCCUUGAUGAGCUGCAACUCAGUCCCCCUCCUCCUGUGGCUGUCCUUCCACUUGGAACCGGGAAUGACCUUGCCCGUACCCUCAACUGGGGUGGGGGGUACACAGAUGAACCAGUGUCCAAGAUCUUGUGCCAUGUAGAAGAUGGGACUAUUGUCCAGCUGGACCGCUGGAAUCUCCAGGUUGAGCGCAACCCUGAUUUGCCACAAGAUGAGCUGGAGGAUGGGGCACGUAAGCUUCCACUUAGUGUCUUCAAUAAUUACUUCAGCCUUGGAUUUGAUGCACAUGUUACACUGGAGUUCCAUGAAUCUAGAGAAGCAAAUCCAGAGAAAUUCAACAGCCGAUUUAGAAAUAAAAUGUUUUAUGCAGGGGCAGCCUUUACAGACUUUCUGCAAAGAAGCUCAAGAGAUUUAUCCAAGCAUGUUAAAGUUGUGUGUGAUGGUACAGACCUGACUCCAAAGAUCCAGGAGCUGAAGUUCCAGUGUAUAGUGUUUUUAAACAUACCCAGGUAUUGUGCUGGCACGAUGCCCUGGGGAAACCCUGGAGAUCACAGAGACUUUGAGCCUCAGCGCCAUGAUGAUGGCUACAUUGAAGUCAUUGGGUUCACUAUGGCCUCACUGGCUGCUCUCCAGGUGGGUGGUCAUGGAGAGAGGUUACAUCAGUGCCGAGAGGUGACACUUUUAACGUACAAGUCUAUCCCCAUGCAAGUGGAUGGUGAACCUUGUCGACUGGCUCCCUCUCUCAUUCGAAUCUCCUUGAGGAACCAAGCCAACAUGGUGCAGAAGAGCAAGAGGAGAACAUCCAUGCCCUUGUUGAAUGAUCCUCAUUCCAUCCCAGAUCGCCUGCGGAUCAGAGUGAACAGGAUUAAUUUACAAGAAUAUGAAGGACUACAUUACGACAAGGAAAAACUCCGGGAAGCUUCUAUUCCCCUAGGAAUUAUAGUUGUACGAGGAGAUUGUGACUUGGAAACCUGUCGUAUGUACAUUGACCGUCUACAAGAGGACCUGCAGUCGGUACCUUCUACUACACAGAGAGUUCAUUACCAGGACCAAGAAGGCUCUUUCCCCAGAGUACUUUCUGUUCAGAGGCUAUCUCCUAGAUGGUGCUUCCUAGAUGCAACUUCUGCUGAUCGUUUUUACCGCAUUGACAGAUCUCAGGAACAUUUGCACUUUGUGACAGAAAUUUCGCAGGACGAGAUUUUUAUUCUGGACCCAGAGCUGGUAAUGUCUCAGCAGGUGGGGACACCACCAGGAAUGCCUGAUCUGGUAGUGGAGCAGGCCUCUGGAAUAUCAGAUCGGUGGAACCCUGCAGUUCGAAAGAGGAUGCUGAGUGACAGUGGCCUCGGCAAGAUUUCCCCACACUACGAGGUACCUGACAAACAAAAGGACGCCUGCCAGACACAUAUGCUGCAGUCACCGGUCUCAUCAGAAGAUCAAGCACUUUUACAGGCAGUCAUAGCUGGUGAUCUGCUGAAGUUCAUAGAAUGCUGUAAAAAAGGAGCCAAUUUGUUAAUCCAAGGACCUGAUCACUGCUCUCUGUUGCACCAUGCUGCCAAGACUGGGCAUGGUGAGAUCGUGAAAUACAUCCUGGAACAUGGUCCAUCUGAAUUACUGGACAUGACAGACAGUGAAACGGGUGAGACAGCACUACAUAAGGCAGCCUGCCAGCGCCAUCGUGCUGUCUGCCAGCUCCUGGUGGAUGCGGGAGCCUCUCUGAGAAAGACUGACUCCAAGGGUAAGACCCCUCGUGACAGGGCUCAGCAAGCUGGUGACCCAGAUCUGGCCGCCUACCUGGAAAGUCGACAAAACUACCAAAUGGUUCCCCACGAGGAUCUGGAGACAGCAGUCUGAUGUCUGAAAACAUCAAAGAGGAUCCUUGAAAAUGGCAAGGCUACACCUGAGGCACCGGGGCAUCGUGUGAGACAGAAGCUGAUGGAAUCAACGUGUCUCUCAUUCUCGUGGAAAAUACCUGAGGACAUGGCACCAGUUUCUAAGGGCUACUGAGUCUUGCCACGGAACAGCUAGGUUCCAUAAGUUAGCCCAUGAUAGAUGAAGCGGGACACUCAAAGGUCUGUGGAAUCCAUGGGCCACGGAAAUUUACCUUUAUUGCUUCCAGCAAGUAGCAUGAACUUCUCCCAUGUUCAUCUGUGCAAUUUAUUUAAAAAAAACCACAACAAAACAACAAAAGAAAAAAAAAUAAAAGGAAAGGGAAAAAAGAACAUUGGAGAACCAAACUUUCUGAGACAUUAAAACACCCAACCAGGCCCUCCUGCAUCCCUACAGUUUCCUGCAUUCCUUUUAUUCUCUCAUUUCCCUCACUUCCCAUCAGUUAAAUAGUACCUGUUAUCUCUGUGAUGAAUCUUCACAAGUGGUCAGGCAGUAGCAGAAAAAUCUGAGGAGCUCUGGAUGCCCUUUGGAAAUACUCAGUAUUUACUGGCUUCAUUCCCUCCCUUGCCAGCCUCUCAGAAGCAGAGUCUUUAGUGCUCAAUCACCAGAGAGUUUUCUCACUUUUGGAGACGACUCUGCCUAUGGCCUUGUUUCCCGGGGUGUAGGGCACAGUUAGAUUUACAGCAGAGACAAAACCCAACCUCCUCAUUGUUGCUGAGUAUACGGUUACGGUAGCCUCAUGAGAUGGUCUUUUAUAUGGAAAGGAGUUAUAUGGGAAACACCACGUUGAACGGCAGACCAGAAAGUUACCCGUAAGGUUUCUCGUGCCACUGUUUAGCAUGUAAUGACUGACUUGAUUCUGCUCUGCUUUCAGGCCUGCCAGAAAGCUGAUAGCUAUUUUUGCUUUGAAACUACAGGUUUCACACUGAGGAGAGAUCUGUGCAAGACAGAGGGGGUUCUGAUGGUUCUGACUUAUGGACCCAGUCCCUUUUGCAUUACAGCCAGAGGUAGGAAGGAGACCUAGGACAUCAGUGGUCAGCCUAGGGUUGCUGCUAUCAACAAACAUAUGAGCACCACCCCUGGUCACACUGGAAAGAGGAAACCAUCUCUGGCUGAGCCUCUAAACUGUCUGAUUCCCCAAGGGGUAAAGUUUCUGAGAAGCUGUCCCACUGGAGAAGGGCAAGCAGCAGCUCUUUGCCUCAUUACCCAAUAUAGGCUCAUAAAGUUGCAUAGCUGCUGUAAGAGCCAGUCAUAUUUCCUGUACUCUCUGUUCUCUGUCUUACCUCAAAGAUUAUAACCACAAAAGAAGAGAAAGCAAACACACAUGCAUAUGUAAAAUAUUCGCCUUCAGGUUUUCAAUCACUACAGACAACUCAUCUGCCACAAACAGCAGAGCUUCCACUUUGUCUGACCAGUUCCCAUGAAGAUGCUCACAGCCUACUUUGGGCACAAUUCUUGCAAUAGAUUUUUGUAUUUUGCUUUGUUCUUAGUUUUGAAAGAUCCACUGGUCUUUGUUUUCAUGCGCCUUGCUAGGUGUAGAUCUCUGGUAGAUGGUGAUCAUUGGGAUUACAUGCAGUUUGGAAAUACUGAAAUUAACUCAGGUCAUUAGUCAGAUAAGUUGGCAUUUUUUCCUUGGUAGAGGUUGUAGAAAUGAAAUUAAUGCAAUUUUCUUUUCUUUUCUUUUCUUUUCUUUUCUUUUCUUUUCUUUUCUUUUCU